UUCAGUAUUGGCGGCAUUCUUUGAAAUAUUCUGAACGGAUGAUAUUUCCUCACAUUCUGUGCGUGCGUGUGUGUGUGCGAUUCAACACACACAAAAUUAAAGUGAUUCACACAGAUGCAUCCAAAUUUGUAUAGGCCUACAAAUGAACAUCCCAUAUAGAGUUUAUUUGUGACAGUAAUAAACAAGUUGUCAAUUUGCCGUAUUGUAAUUCUGUAGACUUUAUAGUCAUUUCCGGCGGACACACAGAAAUAGAAGACAUCAUGAAGGCAUUGUCUUUUGUCAGUUCUGGAGUACAGCCUCCAUAUCUCGUUGACCUGUGAUUACCUCCUCAUUGCAACAUGUCACGCUGACAUCAGACCAAGGACGUUCUUGAAAACGUUUCGAGGAUUAAUGACAGUCAACUUCCCCCCUCCCCCCGAAGGACUAAUGGGCUUAUGGUGAUUUGAAUUUCAAAUCGAAUUGGGAGCUUGUAAAUCUAUUUGAACAACUAGCCACUCAAUUUGACAUGUGAAAUCAGCGUUCAUUGCAGUGAUUUAAAUGAAUUUGAUUGACAUUAUUUGUAGAGUAAUAUUAUAGUUUAGCUCUAUGAAUGGAUUUUUCUUGGAGUUUGUUGUUUUCAAUGAAUUGAUGAACAGCAGUGAACUCUGAAAUCUGUUUCAAAAUAACGCUGGCAAUGUCAAGUCAUUUCACAGCCUCCAGAGACGUGAACACAAGGAGGCCUCAUGUCUUACAUUGUCACUAAAUUUGUUCUCCACGCGAACACCUCCAGCAGCACCAUAGCCGCCAUCAGCACCAGCUCGCUCUCGGCAGCAGCUACGUCUUCCGCUACAGCGCCCUCGGCGGUGGCAGUGGCGACCGUCAGCGAGUCCAUGCGGAGAGAGGCGAUGGACGUGGUGGUGGCCAAGAUCAUCUGUCUCCUCAUACUGACCAUCCUGUCAGUCCUGUGCGGGCUGCUGCCUCUGAGGCUGCUCAUCCACACGCCUCACCUUUUUACGCGGGGCAGGAACAGUGUGGACUACUUCUUGUGUGGCCUGAGGCUUUUUUCUGGAGGCAUUUAUCUAGCCACAUGUUUCCUCCACCUGAUGCCGGACACCAGGGUCAAGAUGGACUCUGUAAUGAAGAAUAUGGGCUCCAACACUACAUACGCGGUUCCGGAGCUUCUGGUCAUGUCAGGGUUUUACGCCGUGGUCUUUGUGGAACAGAUCAUCAAGGCUCUUUAUGUGAAGGCUCAACAAUCUGACGUCAACAGAAAGCUGAGAAAGGCCAAAAGAGCGCAUCAAGAGCCCGAAGCGAAAAGACAACCCGUGCAAGUGUUCCGGUCAACCCUGGAUGAGGAUGUGCAUCCAGGCGAGACGCAGCUAGAACACAGACCUUACAGGGACGACGAAGAAGACGAAGAUGAUGAUGACAAUGUCUUAAUAGAAGAUGAGGAAGAUCUGAGCUUUGAAGAGACUGACUCGGAUAAGAACAGUGUGGAUUCGAUCACACAGGUCAAGGAAAACCUCAUAGGUAGAGAGAACGGCACAGAAAAACACGAGACACAAAAAAGUGGCGCCCCUGCGCUCAUGAGCUCCGGGCAUUCCCAUUCGCUCAAUAACAUCUACCACCAACAUAGUCAACUUCUACAUCAUUCCAAACCACCGUGCCAUAGUGAGCCCGGUACUCAGGUUUUGAGGACAUUUGGCCAGCAUUCACCCAUGCCAAAAGUGACCAUGGCCAGCACGAGGCCCGUUCUAAGUUCUGGCCCACCAAUUAUUCACACUCGCAUUCAGCAGCAUGCUCCGCUGGAAUCCUCGAAUCAUAAUCACUAUACACCGCAGCCAAAUCACGUGACUCGGUAUGACGAGCAGCAGCCCAAGGCUCAGUAUUCACAGAAGGAGCCUCAUCACCCACACAGUCAACAGUUCCAUCAAAUACAGAGUCCUGAGCAGCAAGGACAAGACGGGGUGUGGUCAGAUGUUCAAAUCAGCAGCCACUCUGAUGAUCUGGACGAAAAUCCUGACCAACCACAUUCAGGUUCCCAUCAACACGUGACCGUGUGCGUGGAGAGAGCAAGAGGCUCCGAAACGGAGCCGCACACUUUCAAAAGCACAGGGGAUCAUGAUAGGAGUGCCGACUCUGGCAUCUUUUCCGCCCGUCGAGACUGCGAGACGGCAGAGUCAGACACGCUCAAGCCCUUGAGGACAUCCUCGAGGGACGUCUCCUUUGACAAAAUAUCAGAAUCGAGUUCGGUUCUGCAAGACAUUCAGGUCAAAAGAGUUGUCGAUGAACUAAGCCGGACCGACGACUCAAGCAAGGCGCAUCUGCGGUCCAUCAUCUACAUCAUGGCCUUAUCAUUCCAUGGGAUAUUCGAAGGCAUGGCUUUGGGUCUUCAGAGCAUGAAGAGUAGUGUCUGGUCUCUUUGUUUCGCCAUCGUGGUCCAUCGCUGCGUCCUAGCCUUUAGGCUCGGCAUGGACCUUUGCCGCGGGGACGAAAAACAAGGGACUGCAUUUCUGUGCAUAGGCACUUUUACUUUAAUUUCCACCCUGGGAAUCAUCAUAGGCAUUAUCAUCUCAUCGGGAGCCUCUUUGUACUCCAACGUAUCAGUGCCUGAAGCAAUUCUCCAGAGCCUUGCUACUGGGACAAUAUUUUAUAUCGUUUUUUUCGACAUUCUGUUCAAAGACUUAGACGGUAAAGACGAUUUAAAGCGAGUCUCAAGUUCGUUUGUGGGCUUUUCAAUGAUGGCCAUUGUAUUUGCGAUUACUAGAAGUUGAACCAAACAACAAAUUCAAUUCCUUCAUUCAAUACUAUCUUUUAUCACUAAAUAAUUUAAUUAGCUAAGAGACAAACCUAUCCCGAAGUGAAUAGCUAGUCUUUCUUCUGUGGUUUACCACCUCUGAUUAAAGGUUGUCAUAGAUUUUAGCAUUCUUUUAAAUCUUCUCAGGACACGGUGUAAAUUAACUGAUAAUUAUCUUCCACCUCCUGUCCCACCCUACUCACACUUUAACGGUAUUGAUUUGACCCGUGUUCCUGGUGAGUGAGCACCUCUUAUGACUUCACAUGUUGUCCUUACAGCUAAAUUUAUCUUUUCAGAUUCUGUUACCGCUUCUUCAAUUUAAAAAAAAAAAAUUAAAGAAACGCAAUAAAAUUUCUUGACAUUUAAUUUCUGCUUGUAUGAAAAGAAAAAAAAAAGACCAGAAGUGCUAAAAAUCCAACGCUGUUUGUAAAGCCAUGACAAAACAUUGACAUAGAUGUAGACAAGAUGGUAGAAUGACGACAAAACAUUGACAUAGAUGUAGACAAGAUGGUAGAGUGACGACAAAACAUUGACAUAGAUGUAGACAAGAUGGUAGAGUGACGACAAAACAUUGACAUAGAUGUAGACAAGAUGGUAGAGUGACGACAAAACAUUGACAUAGAUGUAGACAAGAUGGUAGAAUGACGACAAAACAUUGACAUAGAUGUAGACAAGAUGGUAGAAUGACGACAAAACAU